AUGUUUCUCAACCAUAGUUUUAAAACUUUAGUCAGAAAUCGACAUCCAUUUCUUCUAAGAUGCUAUAGUAACAUAUCCCCAGCCUUCAACCCUCCAUCAUCAGCACCGGCUCCUAUAAUCCCAGUGCCAGCCUACCAAAAUCUCGAACGAGAACCAUACUGGCAGAAAAUACCACAAUGGAAAUCCAUAAAAGAAGAAGAAUUCUUAAAAUAUAGCUGGCAAAUAGCAAACACCGUCCAAUCCACCCCCAAACUCUUCAACUUCCUCGAAUCCGUCCUGCCGUCAAAAAUCCCACACAAUGAUAUCUCACAAUCAAAUACCCAAAUAUCCUCACAAGAGGAAUUUAUCCUAGACGUCAUGGAAGGAAUAAACUUGGCUCCAAUGUCGACUCGUUUAACUCCCCAUACCCUGAGUCGUAUCGAUUGGAUAAAUAACCCUCUCGGGGACCCACUAAGGAAACAAUUCAUCCCAAUGAAAUCAUCAGUACUGCCCGAUCACCCAAAGUUGACGCUUGACUCUCUUGGUGAAACGAAUGAUUCUCCUGUACAGGGUCUAGUACAUCGAUAUCCUGAUAAAGCACUUUUCCUAGCAAUAUCUGUCUGCCCCGUCUACUGCCGCUUCUGCACCCGCUCCUACUCUAUCGGCGGCGAAACCCCUUCCACCAAAAAAUCCCGCUUCCUCCCCACCCGCAAACGUUGGUCCAAAGUCUUCGACUACAUCGCCUCAACCCCAUCUCUCCACGACAUAGUCAUCUCCGGCGGUGACGCAUACUACUUAGACCCGCAACAAAUCCUCGAAAUCGGCCAACACCUCCUUUCGAUCCCCCACAUCCGUCGUAUACGUUACGCCAGUAAAGGCCUAGCCGUAUGUCCCAGUAGAAUACUAGAUGGUGAAGAUUCCUGGGCAGAGACUUUGGUACAGGUUUCGGCCGCCGCGAGGAUGAUGGGUAAGUCCGUGGCGUUGCAUACACAUUUUAACCAUCCGAAUGAGAUUACUUGGGUUACGAAACUUGCGGCGCAGAGGUUGUAUGAAAGUGGAGUUACGGUUAGAAAUCAGACGGUGCUGUUGAGAGGGGUGAAUGAUGAUUGUGAGACUAUGAAGGGUUUGAUACAUGGUUUGGCGGAGAUGAAUAUUCAACCCUAUUACGUCUACCAGGGGGAUAUGGUACGAGGAGUAGAAGACCUGAGAACGCCGUUACACAAAAGCCUUGAACUAGAAAGAAACAUAAGGGGCACAAUUGCGGGCUUUAUGAUGCCGCAAUUCGUCGUUGAUCUCCCAGCGGGCGGUGGGAAGAGAUUGGUCUCCUCGUAUGAUAGUUACGAUAGAAAAACGGGUGUGUCGAGAUUCACUGCGCCGGGUGUUAAAGGAACAAAUACCUUUGAGUAUCAUGAUCCGGUAUGGUCUGUAGCGGCUUAA